AUGGCCCUUUUCUUGCGACAGUCGCCAUUGAGGACCCGUCUUCCCGCCGAAUUGCUCACAGCCUGCACAAUCUGUCUGAACUCUCGAAGCUUUGGCGUCCUCAAUCGACCUCCUCCCAACUACGAAGGGCAUGUUCCUCUUACAAGGGUGGAGAGAGCUGGGCUCGCUGUAGGCUCUGCAGUCAUGUCUUGGCUCAAUCCCCGGCGAGGAGACCUGAUAGCAGCACUCGGAGAAGCAACUGCCACACCAUACUUCAUCUACCGCCUGCGUGACGCAAUGCUAGCCUCACCAACAGGCCGACGUAUCCUUCAUGACCGUCCGCGCAUCUCCUCUAAGACCCUGUCCAUGGAUUACCUGCGCGGGCUACCCGCCAAUACCGUAGGGCGGGCAUAUGCAGAUUGGUUAGAUCGCGAAGGAGUCUCACCUGAUACCCGGAACAGUGUCAAAUAUAUCGAUGACGAGGAGUGUGCGUAUGUGAUGCAGAGGUAUCGGGAAUGCCAUGACUUCUAUCAUGCUUUGACGGGACUUCCAGUCAUGGUUGAGGGGGAGGUUGCCUUGAAGGCUUUCGAAUUCGCCAAUACCCUUCUUCCAAUGACAGGCUUAAGUAUGUUUGCUGUGACCAGGCUGAAGCCAGCGGAAAGGCAGAGAUUCUUUACUAUCUACCUUCCUUGGGCGAUUAGUAAUGGACUGAGGAGCAAAGACGUUAUAAAUGUUUACUGGGAGGAACAGCUGGAAAGGGACGUCGAGGAAUUAAGGAACGAGUUGUGUAUCGAGAAGCCAGUUGAUCUGAGGGAUAUCAGGAAGAAAGACCGCGCCAGGAGAAAGGCAGAGAAGGAGGCGAAGGAACGAUCUAGUGACAGCCUGGGUAUCAAUUGA